AUGUCGAUCACUAAAAUCAAUGCUGCGCUUGCUUCACUGGAUUGGAAGCAAGUAUCACGAACUCGUCGAGGUCAGAUCAUCCUCCUAUGCGGCGCAACUGAAGCUCAAUGGAAAACUUAUGUAAAGUGUGAUUCUCGAGAAUUUAAAGCGACUCAGGACAUUCGAUCGAGCCAAAUGGAAUGGAUUGACGGCUACAUUUACAUCGUUGAGCUUCCGUCUCCAGCGCAGGACAUUUACAGCUUCAUGUUUGGCAAGUAUUUGCUGUCUCAUCCCGUAGUAGGCUCAUAUCUCCACACGCAUGGGCGAGCUUUCGUUCCGAACCAACAAAUUUAUGAACCUGACGAAAGUUUCGGGCCUACAGAGGAAACGGGAGUUGCUCUACCGUCGGAUUUUCUUCAGUGGUGGCAUUGGAGCACUCUGAAGGUCGAAAUUGGGAUUUUGCGGCAUUGGGGUCACUCACCAGGUCAACUUGACUGGAAGGCACAACGUUGGGCUUCAUUUCCAGGUGUACGAUACGUUCUGUGCGUGACGCUACGCCGUGACAUGACAAGCGCCCAGUACAAGCUCUACACGAUCGAGGAUCAAGGGCUUCACCUUCCAGAGCAGAAGCCGAUAUCCGUGGUUUUCCCACAAACAUAUAUGAAGUUUGAUUCGAGGCGGCUGCUUGGUUUGCAGCUCUCUGACGAGCUGCCCUAUGGUUUCCCUGACCCGCUUGCCGUCAAUCUGUACGCUGUGUUAGAUGAUGCUCGGCGCUGA